GGCUCCCCCGGGCCGCGCCGCCUCGCCCCGGGCUUGGCCCCGUCUCCCGGCGCUUUGCAGCCGUGCUGCAGUCACAAGGUGAUGCCUCAUGGAUCGUCGGCGGCUCCUCUCGGCUGGAGAGGCUCGCCCAGUGCGGAGUUGGGGGAAGAGUGAGAAGACUUGCCAGACAAGAUCCAAAACCAGUGCGACUUUCACCUUUGUAAUAAGGUGACUCAAAGUCUGCGUAGAGGACUCCUAGCCAGAGCUGCUUGGUGCAGGAGUUUGACGAUGCAUCAAGACUAAUAGUGAGAACAGAAAAAUCUCCUAAAGAAGAGGACAGCUAUUUGCCAUGUCUAUCACAGAUCACAGCCCCACCACUGGAGUGGUGACUGUCAUCGUUAUCCUGAUUGCUAUUGCAGCUCUGGGAGCCCUGAUUCUGGGCUGCUGGUGCUACCUGCGGCUGCAGAAGCUCAGCCAGUGUGAGGAUGAGGAAAGUAUUGUGGGUGAGGGAGAAACCAAAGAGCCCUUUCUGCUGGUGCAGUACUCUGCUAAAGGACCCUGCGUGGAGAGGAAAGCAAAGCUAACUCCAAAUGGCCCAGAAGUACACAGCUAACUCAGAAUGACACGUGUGGAUAGGCUAUGCUCAUGAUGUGUAACCAGCAGAAGCAUCUCAAUACUGUGAAGAACCUGGUCAUGUAUAAACUACUCAUCAGAAAACACCUUGAUGAGAAUUAGAUAAGCUUUGUUUGCAACUGCAUGCACUGAGAAGUUGCAUUUUGCAUCAACUGUGUAUCCUAAUUCCUCUAUGGCAGGAGCUGACUCACCUAGUGUAAUGUCCAUUGCCGGCAAUGGGCACAGGGAUAUACUGGUGUGAAGAGACUACUACUGUUUUUUGUUACUUGAAUGUUGAGCUGAGCCUAUUUUGAUGGAGCUACUACUGUAAUGUGAACUACUUUACAACUGUGAACUGUAAAUAGGCUGCCAGAAACUUCUUGCUUUGUGUUCUGUAGCAUAUGAAAAUGUGAUGUGUAUAUAAUACACAGGGACUUCUGAACCACUACCAUGGAUGGGACUCCAGACCUUCAAAACCAUAUCUGCAGUUAAAGCUUGCUUCUGCUACUAGAUUGAGUGUGCAGCCAUUAAGUCAGAACUCCUCCUUUGAAGAGUUUAUUGCACUGAUGCAGAGUACUUCAUUUGAAAAGAAGGGAUAAGCCUUCACUAAUAUGCUGAUGGAGGAAACAAAGGAGCAAGAAAGGAAAAGUUCCUUUAGCUGCAGCUAUGUUGGUUAAGCUUUUGGCAGCUAGAACUGAGUUCUCUAUGUAGCCACUGCAAGGAAACUGCUAUUUUGAUGGGUUCCAACCUGGGAACUUAUGAUGGAUACUAAACCCUCAGGGAAUGUCCAGAUGGUUUCCAGGUGUUUGAAAUGGCAGUAGAGCAGGCCUCUGUCUUCCGUAGGUCUGUGUGCUGAAACUGCGUAAGUGGUUAUUUAGCAAAACUGGCUUAAGUGCAACUAGUAUGAAUUCUUCCUAGAACCCUGGUUUGUGUACUUAGGGUGUAUGUUAACAGCCUGUUACAAAAAGGCAUUUUGUAAUACAUACAGCCAGACAACUCUAGAAUUCAGUUAAUGUAUCUUGUAUAUAACUUUUGAUGGAACUGUACUACAACAGGAGAAGUUUCAGCCUUUUCUACUGUUGAUAGGGGCAAUGGUUAUUGCUGGUCAGUUUGUAGAAGUUCUUAGGUAGCAAUGGCCAAGUGCUUCCAGAUAACAUGUAUUUCCUACUCUGUCCUGGAGUUCAGCUAUAGGAACUGUAGAAAGGUGUUAAAUGGGAAGCUCUGGACUGCAAAGAAUUGGGGGUAGGAGGAGGAAAAACACUGAGCAGCCAAUGGCAGCUUCUGUAUUCUAAAAUUCUUUGUGUAGGCAUACAUGCUUAGAGGUCACUGGCCAGUUUUCUAUUACUUUAUAAAUGGCCUCCUUUGCAUACUGAUGUUUUUAAACACUUAAUUGCCUAGCCUUAAUUCAGCUCCAGAGGAAGCAUUAGACUUGCUUCUUGUACAUAUGGAAUAACUUAAGGCCUAGCAAGCUUGCUUGAGAAUUUUAACUAUAUGCAAGACAAGAAUGGCCUAGACAAAAAGUUCUACACCAAGAUGUUGAAUUGCUUUCUUAGUAUUACAUUUGCCUUUUUAAAAUUGAAAGCUGUAAUUUGAAGCAAAAAAUGCUGUCAGUAGUAAAAAGCACCUGCUGUUGCCUCUUGAGUACAACAUAGGGGUACAGCUGAUAAUGUUCUUACCCUGACACAUGCUUUUUAAAAUAUUGCUCUCAAGAGACUUGCAUGUAUAGUCAGACCUGUACACUUAAAUAGCUGUAUUUGAGACCUCUUAAAAGCAAAGAAAAAAAGGAUUAAUUCAGUAAGAUUUCCCCCAGUUUUCAGCAGAGAAGAGUUCACACAUGCCUCUUCUGGUUUCCAAGGUCAGAAUACCAGUAUACAAAAGUGAUACAAAGUGCUGAAGUUCGAGAACAGAACAGCUGUAGCAAGAUGACUUUGUCCAUUCAAGUUUACUGAUUACACAGAUGAAGUAUGUAUUUUAAUUCAGCAGAGAGAAUGCAGUGUAAAGGGCAAAUAUCAGAAAUUAUGGAAAAGUAUAAAUCAAAGGUCUGAUUUCCCUUCUAGCAGCUGUAAGAGAGAGCCAGUGAAAACAACUGGUCCUUAGUCAGAGGUGCUGCACACUGCUGCCCCUACAAACCAGUAUCUUUCAUUUAAAUGGAUAGGUGUUUGUAAGUUAGUGCAAUAGUAAAGUGCAGAAAGUGUUUUCCAUUCUCCUCUUAAGAUGGGGGUAUCUAAUAAGUUGUUCAAGUAUACAAAAAUAUUCAAUUUGAUUUUUCUUUUUCUAGAUCAUGUGGGGAAAGUCUUUAUUUACAAUGAAUGUCAAUAAAAUUUGCAUAAAUGCCUACCCAA